AUGAGUAAGGCACAUCCACCAGAGCUUAAAAAAUACAUGGAGAAAGUAUUGACCUUGAAGCUCAAUGGCAAUCGUAAAGUGACUGGUACACUUCGAGGAUUUGACCCUUUCAUGAAUCUUGUAGUGGAUGACAGCGUUGAGGAGACAAAGACUGGAGAAAAAAGAAACAUUGGGAUGGUGGUUAUUCGUGGCAACAGCGUUAUACUAUUAGAAUCUCAGGAAAGAGUGACAUAG